AUGGCAGGCGACGGCGCGGCGGGCGCGCCCCAGGAGCUCCCCGCCCCGGGCGCGCCGCAGGCCCGCGCCCGGGCGCCGAGCCCCGGCCGCGCCGCGCUCGCCGCGUGCGCCGCGGGCGCGCUCCUCGUGCCGGCCGCCUGCGCGGCGCUGGCCGUCGGCCUGAAGGACGCAGAGCCCGAGCUCAGCGUGAGCUCCAUCUGGGCGCCCGACCAGGGCGGUUACUACGAGGACAAGCAGUACGCCAGCGCAGUCUUCGACGACCCCAGGGUUGCGAAGUGGACGGGCGGCUUCGUGACGGGCUUCUUCACGUCGUACCCGAAGAGCGGCGGAACCCACAUGACAAAGGCGUCGCUUAUGGAGCUGAUUGACAGGCAGAAAGCCGUGGAGAACGCGACUGUGGAGUACAACGGCAACACCUUCACGUACCAGGACGUCUGCUACGGCCAGUUGCAGGAGGGCGUUUACUUGGGCUACACCCUGCCCUGCCGGAAGAUCACGGCGGUCCACGCCUACAGGGAGGGGGGCUACGAGAUGGACGUCAUACCGCGUGCGAACGAGAUGUGGUACAGCGACCUGCUCGUCCCCUACGAGGUGAAGCCGCUGAUCAACUACUUCUUCCUGUCCCUUGACUUUCCGCCGUACCUGAACAGCGACACGGCGCCACAGUUCGGGCUGCCUGCCGACUCGGUCUGCAUCCCCGCGGGCCUCCCGUGCGAUUUGGCUACCUCGCAGGCCGUGUCGUACAAGGCUUACUGUUGCCUGGUCGAGUGCGCGGAUGUCUGCGCCGCAUCCCGGGCGCAGGCCGUGUCGGCGAUAGACCCGACGGUAUUCCAGAGCGACGCGGCUUGCAUGACAUGCAUGACGCACGGGCAGCGUUCUUUGUACGAGGGUUUGGAGGACGCCAUCGUGACCAGCACCCUCGUCACGGCGGGCAUGCCGUACGCGGGAAGCACAACUUCCGACAAAGAUGAGUGGAUGUAUGGUUUGGCUCUCGGUGGGGUGAAGGGCCAGCUCGCCGUCUUGGGGGUCUCGUUCCCUACCGACGACGACUACAUCGCUUGGAUGUUGGGAAAUUUCGGCGUCUCCAAGCAAGCUGCAGACAACAUGUUUACUGCUGACGCAUCAUAUUUAGGCCUGGUGAAAGGCGCGCGCAGCAUCGAGGCAUCUACCAGCACAGGCACGGACUUGCACGUGUGGGCCAGCGGAGACAUCUACGGCUGGAGCGAGGGCGCGUACCCGCGGCAGUUGAUGAUGGGGAAAACGAUUCCGGACAUUCUGGAGUACGACACAGCCAACCCGCUCACUAGCGUUUUGGCGCUCAAGACGACCUACUUCUUUGAAGUGGCCGACACUUUCAGGGCGAAGGUCGCGAGCCCCUAUCGCGCUCAAGGCCCGAGCGGUCACGCCCCUGUCAACAUCAGCGUCGACGAUGCUUUGGAGGUGGUGGGGCGCUUUAAGAAGCGGAUGGAGGAGGCAUGGAACUUCGAUCGGGGCAGUGAUGACCUCAACAAGUAUCACUCCUUCACCGAGGCAUACCGUGGAACCUUCUGGCGGGGGCUGAAGAGAUUCACGGAGGGGUCUGUGGUUCCGUCAGCUCUCAGCUACCUAGCGGUCAUUGUUGUUUCCGUCGUGUUAAUGUCGUCCUGCCAGCUGACGGAGUCCAAGAUGGUGGUAAGCAUGAUCGGGACAAUUUUCUCAGUGGCGGCCUUCUCAGGCGCUCUAGGUAUCAUCGUGAUGGGCGGUUCGACAGUAAUGAUCAGUUCCGCGUGGACACUCCCUUUCUUGUUGGUCGGCCUCGGGGUGGACGACAUGUACGUGAUUCUCACGACGCUCACCAAGGAAGGUGGUAACACAGCCGGCGGGUAUUUCAGCGCGAUGGCCCAGUGCUUGGUCCCAAUCACCAUGACGAGUCUGACGAAUGCCGGCAUGUUCGCGAUGCUUCUUUUCAUCGAGGUGCCCGCGGUCAGAGAGGUCGGCAAGAUCGCGGUGCUCGCCAUUUGCCUCCAGUACCUCGCGAUGGUCACGGCCUUCCCCUGCGUCUGCUAUUUCGACAUGCUCCGCACGGAGAGCAGGCGGUUGGACUGCAUUUGUUGCUUGAAGGGCCGCCGUGGAACAACUACAAGAACAGCAUGUACAACCUGUUCUUCAAGCCCAUCCUUGGGACCUUCGUGGGGCGUGCCCUUGUCGUGA